UAAGUGACAGAAAAAAUGGGAAAUCCGCGCAGAAGUAGGGGAGGCGCGACGCGACGCCACGCCUCGGUCGGCUCUCUUUCUCUGAUUUGAUUGAUCGGCCCCGCCGCCGGAGCUCCGGGAGUGGGCGGGAGGGGGGGAUGGACGACGACGGCGACGGAGGGAUCCAGGAGGAGGAGCCGCCGCAGGCGGCGCGGCGGCUGACGGCGACGCAGUCGGGGGGCUCGCGGUGGGUGGACGGCGGCGAGGUCGACUCGUCCGAGUCGGCGCCGUGGUCGCUCGAGGACGACCGCUCGCUCCGCCUCUCCGUCGACGUCGAGGAGGGUGCCUCGGCGGCCGCCGCCUCCGCCGGCGGGCCUCUGUCGCGGGUGUCCUCCGGCGCGUUCCGGCGGCGCCUCGGGAAUCGGCCCAAGCGGGUGGACUCCCUCGACGUCGAUGCCAUGUCCGUGCGCGGCGCGCACGGCCACAGCAGCAAGGAUAUAUCACUGCUCAGCACCGUGGCUAUGGCGUUUCAGACACUCGGGGUUGUCUACGGUGACAUGGGCACAAGCCCUCUGUAUGUCUUCAGUGAUGUGUUCAGCAAAGUGCCCAUAAAGUCCGAGGUCGAGAUUCUGGGGGCGCUUUCUCUGGUCAUGUACACGAUCGCGUUGAUUCCUUUCGCAAAGUAUGUGUUUAUAGUUCUGAAAGCUAAUGACAAUGGCGAAGGGGGCACUUUUGCACUGUACUCGCUGAUUUGCAGGUAUGCAAAAGUUAGCCUGCUUCCAAAUCAACAACGUGUGGAUGAGCAUAUCUCUAGUUUUAGGCUUAAGUUGCCUAGCCCGGAGCUUGAGCGGGCUCUGUCUGUCAAAGAAUCCCUCGAAAAGAAUCCACUCUUCAAAAACAUUCUUCUAUUCUUGGUCCUAAUGGGAACUUCUAUGGUAAUCGGGGAUGGCAUUCUCACUCCAUCAAUGUCAGUUAUGUCUGCUGUUAGUGGUCUGCAAGGUCGAGUUCCUGGAUUUGGCACAGACGCUGUUGUAAUCAUGUCAAUACUGGUUCUUGUGCUAUUGUUCAGCGUACAGAGGUUUGGAACUGGGAAAGUUGGUUUCAUGUUUGCUCCUGUCUUAGCAUUGUGGUUUCUUAAUUUGGGCCUUGUUGGAAUUUACAACAUGGUUAAAUAUGAUAUAUCUGUUGUGAGAGGAUUCAAUCCAGUUUAUAUCUAUUUAUUUUUCAAGACGAAUGGUAUAAAGGCAUGGUCAUCUCUUGGUGGCUGUGUUUUGUGCAUCACAGGAGCUGAAGCAAUGUUUGCAGAUCUGGGGCAUUUCUCUGUGAAAUCAAUACAGGUAGCAUUCACAGCUGUGGUAUUCCCUUGUUUGCUUAUUGCUUACAUGGGCCAAGCUGCAUAUUUGAUGAAAUAUCCAUUUGCUGUAGAAAGAAUAUUUUAUGAUUCUGUACCAGAAAUUCUUUUCUGGCCAGUAUUUGUGAUUGCUACACUUGCUGCUAUGAUUGCCAGCCAAGCUAUGAUAUCUGCAACCUUCUCGUGCAUAAAGCAGGCCAUGGCUCUUGGUUGCUUUCCUAGAAUUAAAGUAAUUCAUACUUCCAAGAAAGUCAUGGGCCAGAUUUACAUUCCUGUGAUGAAUUGGUUUCUAAUGGUCAUGUGCAUCAUCAUUGUGGCCACUUUCAGGAGUACCAACGACAUUGCCAAUGCUUACGGCAUUGCUGAAGUUGGAGUCAUGAUGGUCAGCACUGCACUGGUUACAUUGGUGAUGCUUCUUAUAUGGCAAACCAAUUUGUUCCUCGUUUUGUGCUUCCCUAUUCUUUUCGGUGUUGUGGAGUUCGUUUACUUAACAGCUGUUCUGUCAAAGAUACAAGAAGGGGGAUGGUUACCUCUGGCUUUCUCAUCAUUGUUCCUCUGCAUAAUGUACACAUGGAACUACGGAAGUGUGUUGAAGUACCAGAGUGAGAUGCAGGGGAAGAUUUCCCUGGACUUCGUCCUUGACCUAGGAUCCACGCUUGGCACUGUAAGAGUUCCAGGGAUUGGUCUUGUGUAUAAUGAGCUGGUCCAGGGAAUCCCUUCAAUCUUUGGCCAUCUUUUGGUCACACUGCCAGCAAUGCACUCUACGAUUGUCUUCGUUUGCAUAAAGUAUGUUCCUGUCCCAUAUGUCCCACUUGAAGAAAGGUUCUUGUUCCGGAGGAUUGGCCAAAAGGACUACCACAUGUUCCGUUGUGUUGCGCGGUAUGGGUACAAGGAUGUUAGGAAAGAGGAUCAUGGCUUCUUUGAGCAUCUUCUGGUAGAAAGCCUGGAGAAAUUUUUGAGGAAGGAAGCCCUGGAAAUGGCACUCGAGGCAAGCGCAAUGGCAGUAGAGCGCGAUGACGUGUCUGUUGUGUCUGACAUACCUUCUUCUCCUGCUGAGUCUGGGGAUCUGCAUGUUCCAUUGCUUUCUGAUCAGAGAACAGGCGAUGACAAUACUCCUAUGCUUCCCGCAAGCUCCAUCGCAGAAGAAGAUCCCAGCUUGGAGUACGAGCUGGAGUCACUGAGAGAAGCCAUAGCUUCUGGUUUCACAUACCUCUUAGCACACGGUGAUGUGAGGGCGAGGAAGGAAUCGUUCUUCACAAAGAAGUUUGUCAUCAAUUACUUCUACGCGUUCCUCAGGAGGAAUUGCAGGGCUGGUACUGCAACCUUGAAGGUCCCUCACUCCAACAUCAUGCGUGUGGGGAUGACAUACAUGGUCUGAUUGGAACUUUGCUAGUGCUAAGUGCUGGUGCUGCAAGAUUGUUCCUUUUUAUUUCCCCUCUCUUUUUAUCAUGUCCUGGAUGGAAUUGUACACCAGCUGGUAGUUUAGGGGCUGUGUGUACUGCAGUAAUGAACAAAAUCACUACUGCUUCUGGCCAACUGCUCAGCAUUUUAGUCUGCAGAAUUGGCAUAGUAUGUGCUCAGUUUUUAUAAUUUAUUGUGCCAAGUUAUUUAUGCGCUAUUCUUGGAUGUAACUAGAGCAAUGUUAUCUUCUUCAGCUGUUACCUUAUUCCUUUUCCCAGU